CGGAAGUAAGCAGCAGGAGGCGCUAGCUAGCAUGCUAGCAGCGUUAGCUUGUGCUGAGAGGACGGCGGUGUUUCGUUGGCACGUUCGUGAGGUUUCUACAGAGAUGUAGCGAUACGUGGUUCGGUUCCGAACAAUCCUCUUUAGCUAAAGUGUCGUAAAUGAGUGAAUGCGUGUUGAACGUAAAGACAACGUGGCUGUGAUUGUGAGACUAGCAGAUGAUCGGAGCUGCUGCUGUUCAGAGGACUUUGGUGUUUGUUGGAGCUGAAGAUCUUCUGCAGCUGCAGGAACCAUGUCUUCAGAACCUCAGGAAGAUUCUGACAGCGAUUCUGCUGCUGAAGGAACCAUCGUCCAGAACGAGAAUGAGAAACUCUGUCGUCAGCGCACACUGCUGGAUAUCUGCUGGAACCCGCAGCUUCAGCUCCACGUUGCAGUCCUCCCCCAGAAUCAUGUGACCGAAGAUGGUUUCUGCAACCAGCAGAGGAACUUCAGAGUGGAGCAGGAAGAACCAAACCCACCUCAGAUUAAGGAGGAACACGAGGAACCAGAACUACCACAGAUUAAAGAGGAACACGAGGAACCAGAACCACCACAAAUUAAAGAGGAGCAAGAGGAACAAGAACUACCACAGAUUAGAAAGCUACUGAAGGAUCCAGAACCUCCACAGAUUAAAGAGGAAAAAGAAGAGCUCUGCAUCAGAGAGCCGCUUGAUCUGAAGCAGGAGACUGAAACUUUGAUGGAGAUUCCUACUUUUGAGAACAGUGAAGCAGAUCUAAACAAUCUGCAGAUCUUUAAUAGAACUGAUAGUCAGGAUGAAGAAGGAAACCAACAUGAAGAAUCAACAUCAACUCCAGAUGAAGAGACAGAGCCACAGAGCAGAGAUCGGAGGAAGAGAAGAGACAGAAGUCAUGUCCAAAGUGUGGACAGCUCUCACAUGUCAGAAAGUCUGUGUGACUCUGAUGUUACAAAAAAGCUCAAGAAGGUAACUUUGGUUAAGAAAUGUAAACAAUCUCCAAAAGAAAAGAAACCUCGCUCUGUAGAGUCUGGUAAAAGUAAUCAAGUCAACAUAAGAAUUCGGUCUGAUUACAGUCCUUAUGUUUGUGAAGAGUGUGGUAAAAGUUUCGAUUACUGGUAUCAAUGCCGGAUUCACAUGAGAACUCACACAGGAGAGAAACCUUUUUGUUGCAAAGAGUGUGACAGAGGUUUUAGUGACCCAUCUACUCUAAGAAAACAUAUGAGAACACACACAGGAGAGAAGCCUUUUUCCUGUAAGGAUUGUGGCAAAAGUUUUAGUCGUUUAUCAAGUCUCAACUCACAUAUGAGAAUUCAUACAGGAGAAAAGCCUUUCUCUUGUAAAGAAUGUGAUAAAAGUUUUAGUGAUGCAUCAAGUUUCAAAAGGCAUGUUAGAACUCACACAGGAGAGAAGCCCUUUUCUUGUAUACAAUGUAAAACAUGUUUCAGUCAUGCAUCCAGUCUCAAAGUUCACAUGAGAACUCACACAGGAGAGAAACCUUUUUCCUGUAAAGAAUGUAGUAAAAGUUUUAGUCGUAUAUCUAGUCUCAGCACACACAUGAGAAUUCAUACAGGAGAGAAGCCUUUUUCUUGUAAAGAAUGUAAUAAAAGUUUUAGUCGUAUAUUUAAUCUCAAAUCACACAUGAGAACUCAUACAAGAUAGAAGGGAGAGAUCCUUCUUUUUCUUGUAAAGGAUGUGAUACAAAAUGUAGUAACACGUCUAAUCCAAAAAAAAACUAAAAGAAAUCACACUGAAGAGAAGACUUUCUUGUAAAAAAUGGGAAAUAAGUUUUAGUUGUUUAUUUAAUGUCCAUAGUCACAACAAGUGACAAUGGAGAGAAGCAGUUUUCUUGUUAAAAAAAAUACACUUUUUAGACCUGCAUGAAGUCUCAAAAAACACAUGAGAAUUCACACAGAACAGAUGCCUUCUUCUAUUCAAAAAUAUAAAGAAUAUGGUGAGAUCCUCAAACUCAGAAAACAUCGGAAAACUCUCAGCAGAUGGAAGACAUGGAGGUUAACAUGGGAAAUAUUGUGAAAAGUUAAAUUCUUAUUUGUUGACAAAUGAACAGAAUCUUUUUUGCAGAACUGUUGCUAAUAUGUUGUAAUAUUUUAGGACAUUGUUUAAUUUUGACAUUUUUUAUUUCACAGUUAAAAAAAGCCUUUAGUCCUGUAUAAUAUUGGUAACUCCUGGGGUUCCACCCCAGUCUGAUAAUUGUCUCCAAACACCAGCAAAUGUUUUACGGAGCCUUUAAAUGGUCUCUCACAGUCUGAGUCAAUGGAAAAAAUAGAUUUUACAUUGCCCUCUGCUGAAAGAUCGGUGGAGAUAAUGAU